AUGGCACGGAAACUUAGCCACCAGAGGGUCACCUAUGUACUCCCUCUGCCUGAUGCCCCAGGCGGGCACCGGCUGGGGGUCAAUGGCCUGACUGUUGACCGUCAAAACUCCAUUUUGUAUUCCGCAGGCCGCGAUGGUGUCAUCUGCUCGUGGGAUCUCGACUGCCCUCUGGCAUCGCUCCAAUCCGAGAAUCCGUUUUCUCCUUCUAAUCGGAAGCCGGGCCCGACACAAUUUAAAACCCAGGUCCAGGCUCACAGCCACUGGAUUAACGACAUCGUAUUGACCCAGGGUAACUCCGCCCUCGUAUCCGCAUCGUCCGACACAACCGUGCGACUCUGGCGUCCGCACUCGGAGUCUACCGAGGUCCCCGAGCGUAUCGGCAAGCAUGCCGACUAUGUCAAAGCACUGGCUAGUCCGGACGGCCAAGCUAGCUGGGUUGCGUCGGGUGGCCUCGACCAUAAGCUCUAUCUGUGGGAUCUGAAUGGAGGCGGCGAAAUCUUGAGCAUCGAUGCAAGUGGCGAUGACACGGCCGAGAAAGGCUCCGUCUAUGCGCUGGACGCGACAUCUUCGGUGCUUGCAAGCGGUGGACCGGAGAAUGUCGUGCGCGUAUGGGACCCCAGGUCUGGGAAGCUGGUCACCAAGUUCGUGGGCCACACUGAUAACGUUCGCGAUAUUCUGAUCAAUCAGUCUGGAGAUACAAUUAUGAGCGCCUCUUCCGACCAGACCAUUAAGAUCUGGUCGUUGACUGCAGGCCGUUGUAUGAACACACUGACAAUGCACAACGACAGCGUGUGGUCUCUAUAUUCCGACCAUCCGGAUCUUGCCGUCUUCUACUCAAGCGACCGAUCUGGUUUGGUUGCGAAGACUGACACACGAGGCUCGCCCGAUCUUGAACAGGGCAAAUGUGUCGCAGCGUUACAAGAACAUGAAGGUGUCAUGAAGGUGGUUGCUACCGAUGACUUUAUUUGGACAGCUACACCUAAGUCUAGUAUUAACCGAUGGAGAAAUGUUGACACGACGUUGGACUUUGACUCGCCGCCCAAAUCGGGGCGGACUAUCGAAGCCACUGCCGCGCCAGAGAAAUCCUCCGAUCAAGUACCCAAGAAGAUUCCACUCAAUGCCGCCUUGCAGUUGUCUACUGCAUCUAUAAUAUUGGGCAACUCGUCGCCUUCGAGCAUGCAACCACCUGAGCCGGACAUGGAGAAUGGUCUUGGUCUCACAGUACCCGUUCACUCGCUGCCAGAAGAAACUAUCGAGGGUCAGCAUGGUCUUAUCAAAUGCUUGAUGCUAAACGACCGGAAGCGAACCCUCACUCAAGAUUCGGCCGGAGAAGUGGUCUUGUGGGAUCUGCUCAAGUGUGUACCUGUACAAAACUUUGGCAAGCGUCAUAUUGAUGAUGUCGCGGAUGAACUGAAUACCAUGGAAAGCAUUGCUCACUGGUGCACAAUUGAUGUUAGAACGGGUAGACUUUCCGUUAUUUUGGAGCCCAAUCGCUGCUUCGAUGCUGAGGUCUACGCUGAUGAAGCCGGUCUAUCAGAGACUGAUCUCUCGCAAUUCCGAGAAGACCAACGAAUCAAUCUCGGCAAAUGGAUCUUGCGUUGGCUUUUCGCCCCCAUGGUGGACGAGCAGAUUCGGCGAGACAACGAUUAUCGCGAGUCUGCUAUCACUAAAGCGGAAGAGCUCGCUAGGCUCAACCCUACAUUGGGUACAUCUGCUCCUACAGAUGAUAUUCCUCGCAGCGUGGGUAUACCCAUAGCUCGUGGUAUGCACAGUAUGGAUUUCCCUGGCAGCCCAAAUAUGUCGGGUUUUGGUAUCCAUGUCAGUACACCAUCCUCCGCCAACUAUCUCAGCACCUCCAUGCAAAGUACCUCUCCAUUCCCAGCAUUUGAUGCUGAAACCCCUGGCUCAAUUGGGGGCCGCAACCUGGAUGCCGUGCCCGGGUCAUUCUCCGACAAAAGCGAUUAUUUCUCGUCAGCUCCUCCACCCCAGGGACUUUCUCAGCUUUCUCAGCUUGACACAGACAAGACUCCCAUGUCACCUUCUGACCUGAACUCUCCUUCAGGGCUGCCACAAUCACCAGCAGAGCCUGAUAAAGAGGAACGCAAGAAGGGCAGUUCCCUGUUUGGAAAGAAGUUCCGCAUGGAGUUCCCGAAAGUACGGGGAUCACGUACUUCUACGGACACGAAGCCCCAGAUCCAAGAAGAGAAGAUCGAAGAAUCGGAGAUCUCCUCCAUCAAGGAAGAAAAGACGUACGCGGCAAAUAUCAGUGGUGUUAUUGAUCGGAUUCGCGAUGAUUACGAGGAGUUCCUUUCUUCAAAUCCCAGUCGUGACUUGGUAACGGCCAUCAUUCCCAGCGCAGAGAGCGAGACCCCCCCGGCUUCAUAUCCCUCCGCGGACAGCGCCUCAGAUCUAUACCGUGGCAGCGUUGGAAGCAUCGGUCAAGAAAUUGAGCGACUUGAGAAGGCCAUCCCACAUUGGCUAGGCGAAUUGCUACUCAAGAACCAAAUUCCGUUUAAGGAGCAAGUGAAGAUUGCUUUCAUCUUGAAGCCCUUUGAUGACUCUUUGCCACCAGUUGUGAAGCCUGAACUACCGACUAUCAAUGGUGUCCCUCCGACCAAUAUGAAUGGCAAUAACAAUAGCUCCCGACUAAAUGCUAAUCGUAUGCUUCGGGUCAAGAAGGUCCUGGCUUACGUGGCUGAACGCAUCGAUCCCAGCAAUCCUGAUGAGCCCGAGGCAGACGCGAUGCAACCGGAGGAAUAUCUUGAGCUCUAUUGUCAGAAACAGCUGUGCCCUCCGAACAUGACUUUGGCUACGAUUCGGACGUGUCUCUGGCGUACUUCGGGUGACAUGAUGCUCUAUUACAAGGCGAACGGAAAGAAAGAAAUCCGGCCGCCUCCGUCGUUGACCAGUACCCACGAGCAUCAUCUCAAUGUCGGUGAACCAGGCUCCCUCAACGGCGCUUUUAACGGCGAAAACACGGCUCCCCUGGCAGCAUCCAUUCCAUGGCCAACUCUGGCUCGGUAA